UGAAAAGUUAGAUAAAAUUAUAAAUGAAAUUUAAUUAUUAAAAUAUACGUUCAAGAUAAAUUAUGGAAUCAUUUCCAGAAUUAGAAUGAUCUUUAACUACUCCGAAAAUUAUAGUCAAGUUAUUAUUACCCCUCAAAAGUGAAAAGAGUGUUACGAUCAGAGAAUAUAUCGGUUUACUGAUAUAGUCUCUGGUUACGAUGGAUUAAAUUAAAAUUUUUUAGCUUUUAAGCUCUUUAAUUAAAUAUUAUGGAAUUUUAAGAACCUCCUAAAGUUAAAUUGUGUACUAAUGACUGUUCGAUGAAAAUAUAAAAUUCCUAACAAAGUAUGAUAACUUUAAUAUAUGUAUUAAUAUAAGUUUUUAGAUUGCGUUUACCAUAGGUAAAUGAAAUUUAAAUGGCUCUCAGCAGAAAGAUUGAUGAAAUUCCAUCAGAUGCAGUUUUACUUAGUCGGGACGAAGUUUUAAAAUAUGAAUGGAAAUUAAUUGAACAAUGGACUCCAGAAUCAGACGUAUGGCCAAUAAGAUAUGGCGUUGCCAUUUUAGGUGUGGCUAGUGGUUUAUCGUCUUUACUAAUAAAUAACCAUUAUAGAGUUAAGUUAAGAUUAGGUACAUAUGCUAGAUUUGCUACAUAUCUACCGUGUGUUGCAAUUCCCACAAUGAUGUCAUGCUUUUCACACAAUGAGUUUAUAACCAACUCGGUUUUAUUACAAAAUGAAUGCCCAGUAUGCUUGGAAGUACGUGCUGCUUCAUUUCAAACACUUUUAAGUACAAUAUUUCCGAUAGUCACAGUUCCUCUUGCCACAUUCAAUUUUGCUUUGCGCUAUAAUACAUAUCGAUUACCAUCGAUUACAGAAAAACCAAAAGAAGUAUUUAAACUAUGGUGGAAAUUUACUAAACCAAUACGAUAUCCAUUAUACUAUAAUAUAGCCUUUCAAUGUAUACUUGCAAUGGGUGUUACAUAUUUUGAAGGUAGAUCAUUUGAAAAAUUACAAACUGCUAUAGCAAAAUUAGAACAUGAUUAUGAAAGGAAACACACAUUGUAACAGUAAUAAAAACAACAACCAAAAUUUUAUUUAUUUUGUAAAUAAUAAUUGUAA